GUCCUCUUUCAAUUGUAAAAGGGUUCAUUCGGAAGUACGAGGACGAGUUGAAAGGCUUCCCUUGUGAGAAUGUAUGUGCUGAGAAGAUCAUCUUCAAGUCAUUCAACAAUAACGAAUACCGCAUUGCUCCAGUUUUCGGAUUUGUCGAUCCAUCCGGAUCAAAGGAUGUUGUGAUCACCCGCACUGCUGGUGCUCCAAAAGAUGAUAAGCUUGUCAUUCAUUUUGCACCAGCUCCAGCUGAUGCAACUGAUGCUUGCUGCAGUCACUCCUGCUGGAACUGUCACCAUUCCAAUGUCGCUCCGACACCAGCAAUUCCUCAAAUCAUAAAUUAAUA